AUGCCGUGGGGUUGCCUCUGUUCAAAGGAGAAAAAACGACCUCAAAUCAGCAGUCCCAUACUCAGUCCCGAGGAUAGUCAGAAGCUUCAGUUGCUUCCCGCCGCUAGACGCCCAUUGCUAACGGCCGCGGAAAAACUCGAAGAGCGUUUGCUCGGUCCGAAUCCGACGGAAUUCGAUAACGAGAGCAGCGAGGAAACCCUCCAGCCGAACGAUGCUGGCCGCGACCGGCUGCAGCAGCAGCUGCUACAGAAGUCGAAGCUCAAAUCUUCCAACCUCAAAAGCACCACGUACACCCGGAACACUGAGAACGAUAAGCUAACGCGGCACCUGAACACGGUCAAGUUUAAUUUCGAUGAACCGCAACAGCUUCAACAUCCUGUGGCGGCGACGCCGGCGACGACGACGCCGGCACAGCUUCCGGCUCGCAACGAACCUCCGCCGAAGCCGGAUCGUACCUGCUCCAGGGUAACCUCGGUCGCACCGCGGGUUAUCGUGGAACCACCCGCGGGAGCUACGGUUUCAUUGCCACCACCGGUUGCCACUAGCACUCCCAAGACUGCAGACGAACCGGACCUUAACGGCAAUGGGAACUACGACGAGGUACCACAGUCGAUCACGGUUAGCAGCAGCGCCGAAAAGGACCAACCCGAUGCGGCCCCACGCGAAACGCAGGUCGACGAGAACCGGAACGAAAUCGUGCAGGCGAGCAGCGAAAGCAUUCCGUUCAUCGACGACGAUCCGUCGCAGAUACUGAAGCAACUGAAUGCGGAUCCGCAGCGAGGCCAGAACUUCCAUGACGCACGCAUCAUCACGCUUACACCAAAGAACGUCGGCUCGGAAGUGACGCGAGCGGCCAGCGAACAGACGCACCGGGACAAGGUCCGGCUGCUGGCGGACACGAAAAAGUUCACCCGGUUCCUGGUGGAACCGCGCGUCGAAACCGUGCGCUACACGCACAUCUUCCAGAUCCUGCAGCCAUCGUACGAUCGGCUCUGCCAACAGUGUCACCACGCGCUCCACCUGGACAUCGGGUUGCGGUGCGUCGUUUGUGACUUUACGUGUCACCAGCAGUGCGUGAGGCUCGAAAAGAAAAAUAAUGCACAGGAUGAGCAACAAGCGGUCAACAAUUACAACUCGCUGCCCUUGCAAGCGAUCAACACUCAGCCGCAACAUCAGCAGCAGCAACAGCAUCUGCAACAGUCCCGGCCGGCCACGAACUUGAAUCAUGUAAAUAACAACCAUUAUCAUAAUUAUUCGCUCCAAUCGCACUACCACCGGCAGCAGCAGCAGCAACAACAGCAGCUACAACCAUACCGGUCACACCUUUCCCUUCCGGCCCCGACGACACGGCCCGCUGAGCCUGCGUCCCUGCGGCUGAACUACGUGACGGAGCGCAUUCUAGCGUCGACGCUACCGGCUCGGCGGCAACAGAAUGGCGCAGCAUCGCAGCAUCCCUACGCCACCUCGGCCCCCAACGGAUUGGCCGCCGUCGACGAGCACGAGCGCGAACUCAUCAGCAUGCUGGAACAGAAGCACCAGCAGAACUACCGGUUGUUUGAUCUGGAGUCGUGCCUCGGUAACAUCACGCUGGAGAAGCUGUGUGAGCUCUGCAAACAGAUUGAUUCCUGUCUCGGCAGUGGCAAGGAGAAAAUCGUCGUUCUUCAGGACAGAGAGGACAAACAUCGGCUUGGGGCGGCGAUUGCCGCGUACCUACAGUAUCAGAAGAUCUGCGGUUCAAAAAUUCCGCACUCUGGCGGCCAGUCGAUGAGCUCACUCUCGCCGGGAGGCAGCUCGGACAGUGGCCGUAAAACGCCAACCUGGCUGGAUUUGGACAUUUACUCGACGCAGAAAUUUCUGGAAACCGUCGCCGGCCCACUGCGCAUUCCUUCGCACAAAAGAUACAUUCAGUACUUCUCGGGCCUGCUGUCGGGAAUGAUCAAGAUGAACUCAUCGUCGCUGUUCCUGAAGGCGAUCCGGGUCGAGUCUCCGCCGUGCCUGCACUACCGUGCCAUAACCGUUAACAGCGAGUGGCGCAGCUUCAUCAAGAUCUUCGAGGGCGUCCGGUGUCUGUUCACCUCCGACAUCUACGUCAUCCCGAUCACGACGCGCCACUUUAUCUACGAGAUUAAGCACCCGCUGCGGUUGCGGGGCGACAUUCUGGUGCGCUGCUACCAGAUCAUACCAAACAACAACAAGCCGAACUACGAGAAGGAGCUGAUCGCAUCCGUGCAAUUUCACACAUGUGCCAUAACCGAAAAGGAAGUACAAUUCAUGAAGAGGGACUUGGACCUAGCCUGCGAAGAUGAGCGUUUUUCCGGGGAGCACAAGCUGACGCUCUGCUUCGACACCGUACCGAACGAACGGCCGAUGAUCCUCGUUUUCCAGGAUCCGCUCGUGCGAAUAGAGCCGAUAGCGGAGAACGGCGAUCACUUGGAAACGAUCAACGAAGAUGACUCCAACCAUACGCAGGGUCCCCUGGACGGAUCUCUGUACGCGACGAUUCUGAAGAGCCCCAAAUCUCCGACGGCACCUCCACAUCUCAUCUCGCCACCGGCCGAGUUCAGCAACGGCAGCAACGGCAGCAACGGCAAACUACCGCCACCACCGGUGCCGGAGCGGUCCAAAACGCCCAACUCGAUCUAUCUCGCCCAAAACGGGGUCGGGUCGGGCCGCAGCACUCCGGUCCCGUUCGGCACUCCCGUCGUGGGCCCACGGGCUCCGUCGUCCGCCUCGGACACCGGCCAGGCCAGCCAGCUCCCGACCCGCCGAAGUCCGGCCGUGGCCACCAGCUAUGCCGGGCCGGGUGGCAAGGCGAAACCGGCAACCGGUGGUCAGGUCGAUGGCCGGGAAUCGGUCCGCAGUCCACUGACGGUUUCGAUGGACUCUGGCAUCUCGAGCAGUGGCCCAGUUACCAGCAACCGUCGCGGGCUGCAGGGCUGCAGCGUCUCGCCGUCCAGCUUUCCGCCGAGCCCACAGGCGAGCCCACAAGAUGAUCGUCACCGCGAGCUGGAUGAUCUGCUGUCCGAUAUGAUGCUCACCGUGCAGGGGAUUCCGGAUGUCGGAAGGAAAGCGGAGCAAGCGCAGAAUCCAAACGAUCACUUCGUGAACACGACCACGGACACGAUCAAGCGAUCGGCCUCGCAGGCCACUCAGCUGCGGCCACUCACGCCGCACCUCGACGAUCGGUCGCGGACGCCACUCACGGUGGUGAGUGACUUCGGCACGGGCGGGUCGCCCGGCGCAGCGGCCGCGAACGAGCGCGAGCUGCUGAUGUACGAGACGUCGAGCACGACGACGACACUCACGCCGCCGCCGAGUGAGUGCGGCCGCGAAACGCCCCUGCUCGGCGCCGGCGGCGGCGGCGGCGGCUACGGAGCGUCGGCGGCGGCGGUGCGCGAGCUCCAAAAUAUAAAUAACAAUAAUCUGACGCCGGCCGAGCGCGAGCUCAUCAUGAACAUGCAGCACCAUCGCCAGCGGCAGCAGCAGCAGCAGCAACAUCAAUCGCUCGUGUACCCUCGGCCAGCGCGGUCCACCACGGGAGCUUCGGAACGGUUCACCUCGGACGACGACGACGACCUGUUCGGCGGUGGCGGCGGCCAGAUUCCGUACCACGCGCGCGAGGACUCGCGGCCGUUCACGUACGGCAACAUCCCGGCCAGCGGGGUGCCGCAGAAUCCGCCCGCCUCGACGAUGAUCAAGAUGCAGUCGGGCCUGUCGAGCCCGUCGAUGGUGCGGAAGGCGCUCGGGACGCCAACCGCGGCCCGCAAGCCGCUGCCCCGCAACGACUUCGAGGAGAUGUUGCGCGAGCGGCGCGAGAAGGUGCUGAGUGAAAAGUACACGAUCGGUGAUCAGUCGCGCGAAGGACCCAGUGCCAGUGACAGCCUCAACAACAACAACAACAAUGCUAGUGGUGGUGGUGGUGACAAUCGCUGGACCUACCAGCACACGGUGAAGACGGUGACGCAAACGCAGAACGGGGCCAACGGCUAUCAGCUGCACGAGCCCCUCAAGCGCUCCAACACCAUGGACGGCAGCUUCGGCCGCCAGUUCUCCAACGAAGGAAUUUCGGGACAAUCCUGGUUACAGCUGCAGCAGCAGAAAUUGCGCGCCCGUCGGGAACAGCAGCGAAGGGAACACUCAAACGGCGUAAGCUACAACUAUGGCAGCCCGGCAUUCCCUACCGGCGAGAGCGUCUACAACACCACCCAUCGGCGUAGCCAAACACUGUCGCCGGUCCGGAACGAGCGGACCUACCACACGAUGACCACCGGCAGGACUCACUCGUCCGAGCGUCCGUUCGUGGCCGUUCAGCGGGCGCACGACCACGCCAAGCUGCAGACCAUUGGGUCUGCACCGCUCUCCAUCUUGAAUGCCUCACCGCACGGUCACAUUGCACAAGCACAAAUCCCAUCGCCGUCGCCCUCAUCAAUCCACUCGGCGGCGUCGCCCGUACCGACGACCUCACACUCGGCCAGCAGUCCCAUCAACGGUCAGCCCCAGUCACCGCACAGCUAUCGUCAGCUCUACAGCCAGCAACAGCAACAGCAGCAGCAACAGCAACAGCAACACUUCAACAGCAACAACACCCUCAACGGCAGCAGCGGACUGUUGUCCCUUGCCGCCGAGGAUCACUCGACUCCGAAACACGGACAGGUUCGAUUGGAGUCCGAACAGAUAAUCUUCAGUAACAUAAACAGUCUGAAUAAUCUUGAUAACUGCGAAACGCUCAAUAACCUGCUAAACGAAAUAACCAACAGUGCGGCGGCCGUGGCGGCUGUGGCCGCGUCCCCGGAGCAACCACCGGCCGGCGAUGCGGUGUCCGUGGUGGCGCUAGCAUGCCUUAGCCAUAACACCACCACCUCCAGUGUAACUACCAGCUCGUCCUCGUCUUCCUCCAUGUCCACUAGCAAUAGUAGCGCAAGUCUCAUUAAUCACCACCACCCUCAUCAGCUAAUCGAUUCGUACCACCACCACCAUCACCGCGACACUCACCAGCCAAACUGCGUCCGGAACGGACGAUCCCUGCCACCGGCGGCACCGGAACCGAUGGAACUAUCCUCGCCGGACGGAAGCUUCGACGAGAAACGGUCCUCGGUCGAGCGAACGAACGGUCACCAGCACCUGAACGGCACCCCAACGGCGAAAGAGCUUGGCCGUGGUCAGUUGGCACUGGACAAGCUGCUAGCCUCGCUAGCGCUCGAGAGUGACGUCACGGAGGAGCAUUUGGCGAAGAUCGAGGGUCGCUCCGAGCGAACCCAGGACGAAGCCGCUCAUCGCUGCGAACUAUCGGACGUACUGGCCAGUCUCGUGGAGUACGACAUGACGGAGAACCCGCGAUCCCAGCUGAGCCACGCGGCGUACUAUGGCCCAAAGUGUGGAUCGGAACAGCACGGGACGGCAGCAGGUCUCCACCAUCAGCAACACCACCAUCCAGUCCAUCAUCCGCUACUAAUGAACAAUCAUGUGCGACGCAUUGCUUCCGAAACCGACAGUACCAUCUCAUCCAUUUCGCCUAGCUUAUCCGAACGCAGCAAUGCGAUCUCUUGGUGCGAUCAGGCACGGGAGGAAUCGUUCUCGUCGUACCGCUCGGAGACGGAACCGGACAACUCACCGAUCGGUGGUUCGCCACGCCCGGAAACGCCCGCCUUCCCGGUGACGCCACGCACACCGUACGGGCUGAGCAACGGCACCUCUAGUCCAGCGCUUCCACCCAAGAGUCCGACAUCACAACGGAAAAAUGUGAUUCUAAAACAGUUCGAAAGACUUGCGCAUGCCCGCAAGGCUCUGUUUCAGUGCGUUGCGCCGGUCCUAGAGAAACGGACGCAGGGCGGCUGUAAAUUCUAUUACGACAAGGACCUGUUCAGUGGCAACCAGCGAACGCACGAGAUCGUCAACCAGAACGAAACCCUGUCCUGUUACACGUCGCGCCGCAACUCCACCACCUCGAACGCGAACAGCGAACCGCAGGAGGUGGCCCCGCAGUUCGUGAAGUUUGCCCGCGACUCGUCCAAGUACUGGUACAAGCCGAGCAUCAGCCGCGAGGAAGCGAUCGCCCUGCUCCGGAAUGCCGCGCCCGGCACGUUCGUGGUGCGCGACUCGACGACCUUCGCCAACGCGUACGGGCUCGUCGUGAAGGUGGCCCACCCGCCGCCCGGCGUCCAGUACUCGGGCCCGAACGGCGAGGAGCUCGUCCGGCACUUCCUCGUGGAGCCCACGAUCCGUGGGGUGCGCCUGAAAGGGUGCGCCAACGAGCCCGUCUUCACGUCGCUGUCGGCGCUCGUCUACCAGCACUCGAUCACUCCGUUGGCGCUUCCCUGUCGCCUCAUCAUCCCCGAUACGGACCUACAGCAACUGGAGCUUCAGACACCGGCCCAGCAGCAGCUACUGCAGCAAGGGGCGGCCUGUAACAUACUGUACUUGUUCACUUGCGACACGGAAUCACUCACAGGACCACAAGCUAUCAGGAAGGCGGUCGGUUCGCUGCUUGCGCUACGGCCACUGCCCAAACCGACGCAGGUGCACUUCAAGGUAUCGCUGCAGGGAAUCACACUGACCGACAACACGCGGCAGCUAUUCUUCAGGAGACAUUACCCGUCGAACAAUGUGUCCUUCUGUGCCCUCGACCCGGACGACCACCGGUGGAGCAUCCAGUCGACGACGGGCGAUAUUCCGGCGACCAAGCGCAUCUUUGCCUUUGUCGCGAAACGAUCGCCAUCGUCGGCGGACAAUCAGUGCCACGUGUUCUGCGAGCUGGAACCGGCGCAACCGGCCACCGCCAUCGUGUCGUUCGCCAACAAGGUGGUGCUCGGGGGAACGGCCCAGCAGCCAGCAGUUACCAGGGCGAUCUAAGGCGUCUCUUUUAUGCUCCUUCACGCAUGCUCCCUUCCGUUUAAUCAUUAACCCUGGGGCGGGCCGAGGGGCUGCUGUUGGGCGUUCAUUGUCAGCAAUAAAGUGCAGAUGCAGCACCAACAUAGCACACAGAGAACCACGGCGUCGUGCAGACUCACAAAUAAAAAUAAAACCUGAAAAAAAUGCAUAACACGAACAUAACAAACGCGAUCGCGCGCACUAGAGAAAGAGAGAUAUUCACACCGUAUUUAAUUCAGAAACGUUGUUCGUUUUAACACUCAAAGUGCAUGAUUGAACACUGACAUCAACAAACACUUAAAAAGAAGCAGCAGCGAAGGGGCCGCGCAAAGGACCCACCACCCCCUCGGGGGUCCUGUGGCUCUCCGUUUGCGCAACUCUACCAUUAAUCGUGUUGUAAUCGUGUAAAAUUAUUAUUUAGCGUUAACUUCUAGACAACGUAACACUAGUUUUCUUCGUGUCCGAUGCAUGCGGCAGACAUGCGAAAGUCAGUCUUUUAUUAUAUUUCUUUUUGCGUUCGUUCCCGUUCCCGUCAGAGAUAUCAGAGCAGUGUGUGGUUGCCCCAGAAUCUUGUGCAAAGCUAUC